AUGUGUUUCGGAGUCAGUGAAGCUGACACAUCGGAAGAUCAAUGUAGUGGACAAUUUUACUCAGAGGAUGAUCUCAAAGAUUUAGACGGUUAUGCAUUCGCCGAGAAUUGCAGAGAAGUUACAGUAAUAGAAAAGCCUUGUGAUCUGGAGUGUGGUGUAGGACGAGAGUGUCGUACAAUUUAUGAUGAAGACCAAUGUGUAUGUAAAGAUAAUUGUAAUGAUCUUUCUGACAAAUCACAACCAUUAUGUGCAUCGAAUAAUCUCACAUUCAAAUCUGAAUGUGCAAUGGAAGUAUGGAAAUGUGAAAAUGAAUAUUCAGCAUUAUAUAAAAAAUAUGAUGGAGAAUGUCAAAAAAAUUGUAGAAAUGUGAAAUGUCCAUUAGAUACCAUCUGUAUGUUAGUUAAAAAUACUGGCGAGCCCUUCUGCUAUCCUAUACAACAUUGCGAUUUACAUGACAAAGAGCAGAUUUGCGGUACAGAUGGUAUUACUUACAAAAAUUUGUGUGCAAUGCGCUUAUCACCGAAUAUUUAUGGAAAGAUUCCUAGUGUAGCUCACAAAGGACAAUGUGGUAGGCAAAAGUCAUUGAAAAUUUAUAUGGGUUUCUCGUGUAACUUUAUGUUCACUAUUGUUUAG